AUGUCUCUACCGCAACUCCUUCUCCACAUUGAGAAAUGUCAUGUCUAUUUGGCGAUUGACAAUUUCGAACAAGCCAAAGCUGAAAUCUUGCACAGCAUCAAGCUUUUGAACUUGUGGAGUAAACACAAUCUCGUACAAAAUCCGCAAAUUGAAAAGUAUAUCUCGAAAUAUUUGCUACAUUUGUACGAUAACGUGGUGUCGAAAAAUCUGGCUCCACUAACUACAUCUCAAAAGUUAACAUGGCUUUCUUCAAAGCUAGCACACUCAAACGAAACCUGCUACCCAAUCUUACAAUUUGACUCAAGUUUAAAUUCACUCAAUGCUAUAUUUAUCAACACUGAUGACACUGAAUAUGAAGAGCUUCCCUUGGUACUACCACGCGGGAUAGAUGCUACAUAUGAACCAAUCUCCAACGACUCGAUUUGUAAAAAUAUCAAUGAUUUAACUGACAGUUGCUGGGAAACAGACCCAGCAAAGCUAGCCUUAUUGUAUCAGGACCUUUUGCAAAAUUGCUCCUUUGUCUCAUCCUUUUUAUCGCUAUCAGAUCAAAAUUACCCAUUAGUGGAGAUCAUCACUCCACACUGUGCCUCUAAGAGAUAUGCCGUAGCUUUGCAUUUUAAUGGAUCUCAACGAAAAGUAUACAUAAACAACAAAUUACCAAAAUUGACUUUCUCAAACAGAAAUAUUAUUAUAAAAUCAAUCGAUGAAGAGAGUAUUAGUAAUAGUAAGAGUAAGAGUAGGAGCAGUAGUGAUAGUGGUAAUAGCGAUGGUGUUAAUAGUGAUGGUGUUAAUAGUGAUCGUAGUACGAGCACAAAGAGUUUGUACUGGCCAGCUUUGAUUGAAAAGGCAUUCUUAAAAGUCAUGGCCAAAGGAUACGCAAUCGAUGGAUCAAAUAUGGCAAAUGACACAUACAUGCUAAGUGGAUGGCUACCUGAAAUCAUCAAACUCAAACAAGGUUCAUUACCUAUUUUAUUAAAGAAAUUGUGGUCUUUGAAAAAACUCGGAAAAUUGGUGUUGGGCGUAGGAACGGCGCAAUUGAGUACCAAACUCAGUAUGGAACUAAACUUGAUAAGCGAACACGAUUAUCUGAUAAUUGGCUUUAACCUGGAGGAGGGAAACGAGUGUAUCACAUUAAAGAACUCCUGGCUUACCCCAGACAUGAAAAAUAGGUUCAUCACAACAAGCGACUAUUCUCAAUUUAAAUACUUGUACGUCAACUGGAAACCAUAUAGUCUGGGUGACCCAACGGUGGAAAAUUUUAUCUACUCUGAAAGAAAGAUAAAUCUAGCAGACCUCCCACAAUUCCAGAUAACUGCCAUGGACGAGUGCCACAUAUUAUUAGAAAGACAUUUUUCUACACUGACAAAAGAUAAUCAGCCUUUGGAACAGCAACAGCAACAACAACAACAACAACAAGAGCAGCAGCAGCAGCAGCCUUGGACCAAAAUCACUGUAUACGAUUCCGAGUAUAAAGUUCUUGCACCAACGCAAUGCCCUAUAGUUCAAAUACUAGAAACAAAUAAUCGGCUACAACUAAUAAAAUUGAAACCCGGAAUAUAUACCAUGGCAAUUUGGUCAAAUAAACUGGGCAACUUUAGUCUCUCAUCAUUUGCAAAUACGCAAAUCAGGAAACUGCAGAGCCAAUACAAUUUUACACACAAGAUUCAUGGUGCAUGGAAUUCAGACACUUGUGGUGGAAAUUGGACAUUAUCUACAUUCCUCAAUAACCCACAGUAUGAGAUAUACGCCAGCGAGCCUACACUGGCAACACUCUGUAUAUAUACCGAGAGAGAUGACGCGGUAAACAUACACCUUGUUCACUCAGACAACUUUGCCGUGGGUAAAAGAAUUUGUCAAUUUCAUUUGGAAAAAUCACUAAUUAAUGAAAAUUAUAAUCAGGCUUUCCAACUGUACUCAGUGCAAUUGCAGCCAGGGUACUAUAGACUAAUAGUAUCAACUUAUCAACCUUGCACCAAUGCAUAUUCUUUGAUUUUAAACUCGCUGGCUGAACUAUCCGUAAUGAAGGUACCCGACUCCAUGGCACUUUACUCAACAUCAACUAAAGUUCCAUGGAACAACAAAAAUAGACUCAAGCUACCUAUUACCGUAGAUACGGCAAACACGGUGGCGACAAUUAAACUCUCGCAUCUGCAAACCGGAAACUUUCCACUGCGACAUACAGAUUAUCGACCAGGGAUGCGGUGCUCUAUAUUUAACGCGAUAACGAAGCAGCCGCUACAAAUCAAUGAGGCGUUUGACAAUGAUACUUUCUAUGGAUUAUAUGUAGACCAAAAGUUUGCAAGCACGGGGCAAUAUAUUCUUUUAAUCGAGAGAUUUGAAAUUGGCACAGGGAUAUGCCAUGUUGAAAUAGGCAGUAACUUUAAAUUGCAGAUUGAACAAGCACAAUUUGUAUAA